CUUCAGUGGUGCCCGCACGGAAAUUCUGAUACAAUAAAAUGAAGAAAGGCAGGCACGCGAACCAGUGACCACACACCUGUACGUACCAGCGGAUCGAGUUUGGAGGCGAUUGGUUUUGUGACAGCACUUGUGGAAUUUUCGUAGUUUCUCUUAAAAAGCGUCGACAGUUAAGGUCAAUAUGGGUGACGUGGGCUACGAUCAUUCUGCUGAUGAGCGCGCCAGACGCCGCGAAGAGCGCCGUCGCAGACGUGCCGAAGAGAAGGAGCAAGAAGAGCGCGAACUAGCUUCAUCUCCAGUCAGGGUGACCUCAUUUCGCAGCUCUAACAAAUCUGGUCCGGAAAUCGAAGUGAAGUUGCAGAGCAACGACCAAUCAAGUGAGGAGGAGGAGUCUAUCAGUAACGCUAAGUCCAAACUGCUUAGAAAAGCCCCUACUAGGAUGUCGAGGGAACAAUCUGAAGACAAGCCUGAACUCAACGAAGCUGAGCUGAAAGCUGAGGCGAUCCGUCUGAAACGUGAGCAGGAAAAUGAGGAACGCCACAAGGAGCGCAUGGAGGAACUCCGCCUGGCCAAAGAGCAGGGCGAACUGCAACGACGGGAACUGGAAGAACGGAAGGAGCGACGUCGGCUGAAGCAGGAGGCGGAGGAGCGACGUCUUCGGCAAGAAGAGGAAGAGAGGCAGGCCCGUGAAGCGGAGGAUGCCAAGAAGCUGCGGGAGGAGAUUCAGAAGCGUCGCCAGGAGGCGGAGGAACGCCGUCGCAACAUCCAGAACUCACUGAGCUACAUCCGCCCCAAUUACAGCGUCACGGACAGUGUGGUAGAGGCAGAGAAGGAGAAAUCCAUGUCACCCGAGGAGCGAGCAGAGCACAAGGCUAGAGCCCUGGAAGAGUGUGUCCCACCCUUGGACAUCUCAGCCAACACCAGCGUGGAGAACCUCAAGGAGCUGGCUCUUGCUCUGCAGGCCAAGCUUGUGGAGCUGUACGGGGUCACGUUUGACCUCAUGAAGCGUAAGCAACGCCAGGAGUAUGAUUUGAAUGUACUGAAUUCCAGGAUUGGAGACCUGAGCAAAGUGAGUGCUCCCAAGAAACCAUUUGUGGCCACCAUUGACACUGGACUUGUCAGCAAGAUCAAGGAGAAGGGCUUCUUCGUUGAAGACAAGCCAGUGAAGAAGUCCUUCCUACAGGAGCGUAACGAGGGCAUUGCGGCCAGCGGCGGGGUGCAAGGCAGACUCAGCAUGUUCCAGAAUAAAAAGGGACGCGGCGAAGACCAGCCUGAUAUCAGAAGGUCCGGCCGUUCCGCCUGGAAGGCGCCAACGUACGACAAGUGCUGCAUCUGCGACAAGAAUGUCUACACCCUGGAACGUCUUGAAGUGGCCAAGAAACUCUACCACAAGCAGUGCUUCAAAUGUGAAUACUGCAAGAAGGUGACGAGUUUGUCCAACUACGCCUUGUUCAACGGUAAGAUCUACUGCAAGCCGCACCAGCGCAAGGUGGAACGCGAGAGCCUUCAGCAAGGCAUUGGAACCAAACAUUAGGUAACCACACACACACAACAAAGCUCUGAAAAGAUAAUGUUUCUCCCGCUACGCAGUCUGUGUUUGUCCAAGUACUUUUCUCCACCGGCAGUGCUCAUAACUUUUGACCAUCUCAGGCCCGAAGAUUUGAAAAGCAGGGCGUAGUAGAUAGCUAGAAUAACCACUAGGGCAUGUUUCGAAAUUCUGGAACUGGGAACAAACAGCUUUUUUGCUCACAUUGAUAAGUAGGAGUGGAGCUCUUUGUAUGUAACAUAUACGAGACCUGCUUCAACAAAAUCUGGACAAGGUGCAGAUAUUGUAUUUGCACAAAAAGCAUGUGAAGUC